GCCAUAUUUACGCAUGCGCACCAUCAAAGCUUCAUUGGUUACUGUAUAUACACGCAUGCGCACUGAAAAAGUUUCGGUAACAACAAAAUAUGCACGCAUGCGAACAUGACGUGAACCGGUCCUUCUUCUGUAAACUUCCAUCACAUCAACACUCGAUUCAUUAUUGAAACUCAGAAAUGCCAACAAAAGGUUAUAUGUUUGGAAAGAAAAAAACGUUACUGUAAGCCCAGAGGACGACAUGCUUCAAAGACAAAUGCACAAUUACAAAGCUCUGUUUUGGAUACAACUGGAUCUGAAGCAGCAACAACACAGCCUGCAAGUGCAGCUGAGCGAAAAAUAUCCCUAACUGCAGUUACUAACGCUGAUAACACCAAUAAGAGGCUGCCUGAAGAUUUCAUAUACGUCAUGAUGAAUUCAAUGUAAUUGACCACAAUGGUCUCCUUGUUGUGCUGUCCACAUUGCUUUGACAACAAAUUAACUAUGUGCAUCACACAAUCAAAAGGCAUGGCUCAUUUGAUUAAAAUCAAAUGCCUAAAUUGUGAAACAUAUUUGUGGUCCGACUGGACCUCAAAAAAAAGUAAUGAUGUUCAUCUGGAUAUUAAUGUCCGCGCUGUCGCUGCAUUAAAAGAAUCUGGAAUCUCGCAUUCUAAAUUUGAUAGGUUUUGUGGACUUAUGAGUAUGCCCUGCAUGCACAGAAAUACUUAUAACAAUCUAGCUAACAUAGUCAAUACUGCUAUAAUUGAAGCUGGUGAAGAAUGUAUGAUUAGGGCAUCUGCUGUUGUGCAUGGAAGAAACAUUUCACAACCUCUAACUACAGAUGAAAGAAUAAGUUCAACAGGCUGUCCUGUUAUUACAGUUUCUUUCGGUGGGACUUGGCAUAAAAGGGGCCACUCAUCUCAUUCAGGAAUUGGCACAGUUAUUGAUUUUGAUACUGGACUCGUCAUCGACACCGAAGUCCUAUCAAAUUAUUGCCAUGUUUGUGAUUCAAACUCUGCAGAACUAAACUUUGAUGCCUCUAAGCAUAUGUGUCAAAAAAACUUCAGUGGCUCAGCAAAUGCAAUGGAGGCCGCAGCAGCAUCCAAAAUCUUUUCGCGCUCUGUGGCAUCCAGAAAACUUGUUUAUGGCACAAUGCUGUGUGAUGGCGAUAGUAAAUCGCAUUCAUCUGCCAUUACCAACUCAGGAUAUGAUGUAGAAAUCUUAAAAGAGGACUGCAUUAACCACAUCUCAAAAAGAAUGUUUAAUGCUUUGAACAAUUUAAAAAUGUCUAACAAAAAAGAACUAAAUUAUAGGCUUACAAAGCCAAAAAUUGAAAAAAUUACAAAUUACUAUUCCAAAACUCUGCGCCAAAAUGCUCCCGACAUUCAAAAAAUGAAGCUGGCUGUUAUGGGCUCAUUUUUUCAUAUGAUGAGCUCAGACCUAGAUCAUAACCACAGGUUGUGUCCUGAUGGCGCUACAUCUUGGUGUCACUUUAAGAGAUCAGAGGCACUAAAACAGCCAUAUAAAAAACACAGCCAGACCAUCACAUCAGAAAUAGGUAAAUUGUUAUUUCCUAUAAUGAAAAGACUAACAGACACAGAUCUGUUAAAAAGAUGUUCUAGAAUGGGAACACAAAACGCCAAUGAAUCUUUUCAUUCCCUCAUUUGGCAAAGAUGCCCCAAAACAGAAUUCGCAACAUUAAAAACGGUAAGGGCUGCGACAUACCUUGCUGUUUUAGCCUUCAAUAAUGGACCUGUUGGCAUCAGAUCAGUUUUUGACAUAUUAGGCAUUCCCUGGACACUAAAGAACAUUUCUUCUAGUGAGAAAAAGCAAAGUGUCAAACUACAGCUUGUUAGAAAAAGAAAAUCAAUCGCAUUAGUGUCCAGGAGAAAAAACUUGAAAAAACGAAGAAUUGAGCAUGAGCACCGGGCAGAGGUUCGAGAAGGUCCAACCUAUCAAUCAGGCCAUUUUAAUGAAUAGUUUUUUGUUUUUUUA